CUGGUUAUAUAUACCAACCCUUUUUCUUGGCCUACUCUGCAACAAAACCUUGAAUUCAAUUCCCAUAAAUUCUCUCAGCUUCCAUUGUUUUCUUUCCUCUUAGUUCAGUGGAGGCAUUGAGCUUCUCUCUUGAUCACAAUGACUAUCCUCAUUGAUCAACCCGAGCUUGGUGUUGAAGCAGGGGUUAACAAGCUCGAUAAUGCAGACAAUGAACUGGUGUUGGAUGGGGGAUUUGUGGUGCCACAGACAAACUCUUUUGGCCACACUUUUAGAGAUUAUCAUGUUGAAAGUGAGAGGCAACAGGGUGUGGAGAACUUCUACCGGACCAAUCAUAUUAAUCAGACUUCUGACUUUGUCAAGAGAAUGAGAACAGAGUAUGGUAAACUGAACAAGAUGGAGAUGGGCAUAUGGGAAUGCUGUGAACUUCUUAACGACGUAAUCGAUGAGAGUGACCCUGACUUGGAUGAACCUCAGAUUGAACACUUGCUGCAAACAGCUGAGGCUAUCAGAAAAGACUAUCCUAAUGAGGACUGGAUGCACCUGACUGGCCUUAUCCAUGACCUUGGGAAGGUGCUUCUUCAUCCUGGUUUUGGGGAGCUUCCUCAGUGGGCUGUUGUAGGUGACACAUUUCCUGUUGGUUGUGCUUUUGACAAAUCAAUUGUUCACCACAAGUAUUUCGAGGAAAAUCCUGACUAUCAUAACUCCGAUUACAACACUAAAUAUGGGGUGUACUCAGAGGGAUGUGGACUUAACAAUGUGAUGAUGUCGUGGGGGCAUGAUGACUACAUGUAUCUGGUGGCCAAGGGGAACAAUACGACUCUGCCACCAGCAGCUCUUUUCAUCAUUCGAUACCACUCGUUUUAUGCAAUGCAUAAGUCAGGAGCAUACAGGCACCUAAUGAACGAGGAGGAUACUGAGAAUCUGAAGUGGCUCCAAAUAUUCAAUAAAUAUGAUCUUUACAGCAAGAGCAAAGUCCGGAUCGAUGUCGAAAAGGUCAAGCCAUAUUAUCUCUCUCUCAUUGAAAAGUACUUCCCGGCGAAGUUAAGAUGGUGAAUCCGGGGUUGUCUCCGUCUCGUCAGUUUAAUGCCUCAGCUUCAGGGUUUUCUUAGAGAUGUUGUUGUCGCAUUUUUAAGAUGUUAGAAUAAUGUUUGGUAUUUGGGUUUCAGAAUUUUAUCUAUACUACGAAAUUAAUGUUUGCUUGCUAUUUCAGUUUCUGAAGUUAUCUAUAUAAUAUUGCCUUGUAAUAAAAGCACGCCUUUAAACUUUGAUUUGUUAAAUAGUGGAGUAUGUUUGGAAAUAA